ACCUGCAGCGUCUAAGCUCGAGGGGGGUGGGGGGGGCGAAAACAUACGCAUCACAUCGCUGAGGAGAACAAAGCACUCUAUACACACAGGCCCUCCUCUGCCGCGCACGUAUCGAGCAUGGCGCCAACAGGCACGUACAAACAGGGCGGGGCAAACGGAGAGGGGGAACAUGCUAGCCAGUCAAGUGUUCCGGCAGCAGCGGCAGCAGCGGCAGCAGCGGCAGCAGCCGCCGCCGCCCCCGCCUUCGUUCCCGCUUCAACCUCCAGCGCCCCUCCCCCUUCAUCACGCCAACGCGCCACAUCCAGCGGCUCACAGCUCAGCACACCCACCCCCUCUCGUCCGACCAAAAGGAAGAAGAAACGCUUCAUCUCAUUGCCAGGAGGCGGCAAAGCACUAAGCGCCUUUGGCAUCUCUCUGAUCGCCUUUACGAUCCAGACGGAACUGGCGCAGUACGUCCAAUCAGGUCUAUCCUAUCGAAAACCAUUCCUGUGCCUCUUUAUCGGUCACAGCUCCUUUUUGCUCCUGCUACCCAUUCAUCUGCUCUAUCUGCGCAUCCGGUAUCCCGGAACGACGUUGGGCAAACACUACGAGAUCAUAGCUGCUAAUCUGAAUUGGCAACUCAGCAGUUCGCAAAGGGAAGAAGAGGCGCCGGAACAUUUGACCAGGGUGGCUAGAAGGGUCAGGAGCAGGCUCAGCUCCACUUGGAGCAGAUCCAGAUCUCAACUGUUGCUCGCAAGCACCAGCAACACUCUCGACGCUGCACGCGCCGACGAGUCGCAGUUGGAUCCACCUACGCAUCGAACCAGCUUCGGCUCGAGCAGGACAGCGAGCUCGAGCAUGGACGAGAGGAGAGCGGAGAGGAAUGAGGGAGGGGAGGGAGAGGAGGAGGAGGGGGAGGGAGAGGAGGAGGAGUCGGAGCAGUUGGGGGCGCGAAUAGGCAAACAGAGGAGCGGUAGAGGGCCUCCGGAGCUGCAGAGUGCGCUGGAGAAAGCUUUUGGAUUCGAUAUUUUGGCUCUCAUCAAAUUGUUCUUCAUACUCACCAUCGGCAUCACCGUUCCUGCUCUCAGUUGGUACUCCGCAGUUCCCCUCACCACCAUGGCGGAUGUGACGACGAUCUACAACACCUACGCAGUCUGGGCGCUCGUCUUUUCCAUCUACUUUCUCGGCGAGAAAUGGGAGCGCAGAAAGGUGCUGGCUGUGUUGCUGGCGGUGGGAGGUGUGGUGCUGGUAGCUUAUGGAGGAGCAGAACACCGACGAAGGCCUAGAGAAGCCGAUCCGAUGUUCAGCCACGCUGCCUCCACUUCGGACGUGGCAUCUUCGCACCUGCCUAUGCUGCUUCGUCGAUCAUUAUUGCCUCAUCGAUCUGGCUUGGACAUCGAUGUGGAAAGAUCCCCUUCAGACACCUCGCCAAGCCCCGCGCCGGCGCCGACGCCCAAUCCGAACGGCUCAAAUCCCCUGCUAGGUGCGAUCUUGAGCUUUGUAGGAGCAGUGACCAUGGCAGGUUACGAAAUGGCCUUUGCGCUGCUAGGCAAAUUGCCGGACGAGAAGGCGCAGAGGGAAAGGUAUGCGGGUGCUGCUGCUGCUGCUGGGGGCCGCAGAGCUGGUAGAGGUGGAGGUGUGAGGAGACCUACGAGCUAUCGUGCGGCCCAGCUGGGGAAUCCUUAUGUGACGUCAGAGACGAGGACGUUGAGGGCGGAGGAAGAGGGAUUGUUGCAGGACGAUGCGCAGGAGAGCGAGCGGACGGAAGCGUAUAGGAGUUCGGACGACGAAGAAGAAGUAGGCAGAGGCUCUACUCGUUUAGGAAGGGCUAAAGGCGGCUCUUAUAGGUCUGUUGCUGCUGCUGCUUCUUCGCGCGCAGAGGGAGCGGGGGCGGGGGCCAGAGCGAGUCGGAUCUUGCCAAAGACGAACAGACCAUCAGCUCGGAGCGUGUUCGAGCCCCAUCUCGCCGAUUCGGGCAAUUCAUCAAGACUGACGACGGUGGGGGCACAACGAGAAGGAAGUGCGGAGCAGAGACGGAGAGGCAAAGAGACGAGCAGCAGCGGUGCUGGCAAGAGCAGAGGAGGUGGUGGGCAAGACACAGAGGAGCAUUGGAUGCCUCCUCCUUUACCGUUCGGACUCCACUCUAACCUCAUGACGUCCGGCAUCGGUCUCGUCACGCUCCUCACGCUCUGGAUAGGUCUCCCUAUCGCGCACCUCUUGGGUUGGGAAACGUUCGAGCUUCCAAGCAACUGGACGACGGUGCUUUGUAUUGCGGGCGUGGCGGGCAUGGGAAUCAUUUUCAAUGGUUGUUUUAUGCUGCUACUUUCCCUCUGGGGACCCGUGCUUGCUAGCGUCUCUUGCUUACUUACAACCGUCCUCGUGUUCUUUGCGGACAUUGCACUGGGACACGAAUUCAAGUGGAUAAGUCUGCUGGGAUGCGCUACGAUUGCCGCGGGGUUCGCGGUGCUCGUAUCGGCCGAUUCUGCACCUGCACCUGCACCCGCUGCUGCCUCUCAUUGAAACGCUAAAACCGCACAUACUCCUCACUCGGACAAUCGCUGAAUGGAUUGCAUUUGCGCGCUUGAAAG